AUGGCGACCUAGUGAGAGCACGGCUUGCUGUGUGUGUGCUGUGAACCUGUGUACUCUCGUGUCAGUCGGGACUGAAGAGGCGACCCGAGGCGACGAACGGGGCUCGCUGGAAUUUGAGUUCAUUUAAACAUCAUGUAUGGCAGACAGAACUGACGUCAAAUGUGCGAAUGCAGUUUAAAAAGAGAUUUAUUCUGGUCUCUAUGAUCGUUCUGUUCGUUGUUGCUGUCUUCGUGAUCUAUCACCAUGCAUUCUCUUCGAGUCGCGGAUCAGUCAAGGCUUCCCGGCGCAGCUAUGGAACCCACUCGUUCCGAGAUCCAAGCAAUAACAACCCUCGAUCCUUCCUCGUGGAUGAUGCCGAGGGGGUGUUCGCAGACGACCUGCAUCACAAUCCCAUCAACAGGUCCCAGUUCAAGUCCAAGCUGGACUGGCGAAAGUGUCGCAUGGAAACAUGCUUCGACUUCAGCAGGUGUAAGAAUGGGUUCAAAAUUUACCUGUACCCAAGGCAGGCCCCUGUGUCUGCCCCCUACGCAAAGAUCCUUAGCGUCAUUGAGAAAUCGAGAUAUCUUACGGCGAAUCCGCAGGAAGCUUGUGUGUUCAUUCCAUCGAUCGACACGCUUGACCAGGACGUGUUGAGCAGUGACUAUGUUGCCGACGUCGAGCAAAAGUUAUCAAAACUUCCAUAUUGGAACGGGGGGAGAAACCACUUACUAUUUAAUCAGUAUUCGGGAACGUGGCCAGACUACUCGGAAGAGCUCACUUUUAUCCAGCAAGCCAUGUUAGUAAAAUCGAGCAUGUCCAUAGACUGGAUUCGGUACGGUUUCGACAUUUCAAUGCCGUUAUUUCCGAAGGACCACCCGCAGUCUGGGGGGCAGAAAGGUUACCUAAACCAAGCAUCAAAUUCAAUCCCGUCUAUACGACACUAUCUUUUAGCUUUCAAAGGCAAAAGAUACUUGAAUGGAAAAGGAUCUGAUUCGAGGAACAGCUUGUAUCAUAUUCACAAUGGAAAGGAUAUCGUUUUAUUGACUACGUGCAAACACGGGAAAGGAUGGGAGAAAUUGAUGGAUGAGCGCUGCUUACAGGAUAAUGAGGAAUUCGAAAA